CCCUAACCCAGGACCAGGAAAACCCUGAUAUACACUGCAGGUCAUCAGUACAGUAUACAGGUCAUCAGUAUGCAGGUCAUCAAUACAGUAUGCAGGUCAUCACUAUGUAGGUCAUCAGUACAGUAUACAGGUCAUCAGUAUGUAGGUCAUCAGUAUGCAGGUCAUCAGUACAGUAUACAGGUCAUCAGUAUGUAGGUCAUCAGUAUGCAGGUCAUCAGUAUGCAGGUCAUCAGUAUACAGGUCAUCAGUAUGCAGGUCAUCAGUAUGCAGGUCAUCAGUAUGCAGGUCAUCAGUAUGCAGGUCAUCAGUAUACAGGUCAUCAGUAUGCAGGUCAUCAGUAUGCAGGUCAUCAGUAUGCAGGUCAUCAGUAUGCAGGUCAUCAGUAUGCAGGUCAUCAGUAUACAGGUCAUCAGUAUGCAGGUCAUCAGUAUACAGGUCAUCAGUAUGCAGGUCAUCAGUAUGCAGGUCAUCAGUAUGCAGGUCAUCAGUAUACAGGUCAUCAGUAUGCAGGUCAUCAGUAUGCAGGUCAUCAGUAUACAGGUCAUCAGUAUGCAGGUCAUCAGUAUGCAGGUCAUCAGUAUGCAGGUCAUCAGUAUACAGGUCAUCAGUAUGCAGGUCAUCAGUAUACAGGUCAUCAGUAUACAGGUCAUCAGUAUACAGGUCAUCAGUAUACAGGUCAUCAGUAUACAGGUCAUCAGUAUACAGGUCAUCAGUACAGUAUACAGGUCAUCAGUAUACAGGUCAUCAGUAUGUAGGUCAUCAGUACACAGGUCAUCAGUAUACAGGUCAUCAGUAUACAGGUCAUCAGUAUACAGGUCAUCAGUAUGCAGGUCAUCAGUAUGCAGGUCAUCAGUAUGCAGGUCAUCAGUAUGCAGGUCAUCAGUAUGCAGGUCAUCAGUAUACAGGUCAUCAGUACAGUAUGCAGGUCAUCAGUAUGCAGGUCAUCAGUAUACAGGUCAUCAGUAUGCAGGUCAUCAGUAUGCAGGUCAUCAGUAUGCAGGUCAUCAGUAUGCAGGUCAUCAGUAUGCAGGUCAUCAGUAUGCAGGUCAUCAGUACAGUAUGCAGGUCAUCAGUAUGCAGGUCAUCAGUAUGCAGGUCAUCAGUAUACAGGUCAUCAGUACAGUAUGCAGGUCAUCAGUAUGCAGGUCAUCAGUAUGCAGGUCAUCAGUAUGCAGGUCAUCAGUAUGCAGGUCAUCAGUACAGUAUGCCAUGUAUUUAGGUAUGUAGAAAAAUAACUAGUAUA